AUGCACGAUGUAAAGUCAAGUCGGGACAGUCUUAAUGUUCGUUUUAUUGAGUAUUGAACGUUCCUGGAGCGUGAGUUUACUCCCAUCUUCAGUGCAACAGCAUCAUGUCGACCUCGACAAAUUGCUCUUUCUGGUAAUUCAGUUGAAUCAUCGCUAGUGUAUUGGCGAAGUGAAGUGCGGAUCUUGUUUGCUCGUGAGAGACAUCGGUCGCGGUUGGGAAAUCACGAGUGGACUGCAUUUCUACGAUCCUCGCUUCGAUUUCCCCCAGCGUUGCGAUGCGGAUCUUGGCUUUUACGUCGGUUGUUUGUUAAGUACUUGCUGCCGCUGUUUCGUGAGGUAGUCAUAUUUCAUCGUUAA